AUGAAUUUUUGCAUUGUUAUUUUGGUGCUCUUUGCAGUAAGAACUGAUGGACGAUUAUCGAGUUACCAAAGAUAUCGAAUAUCGUCAUUGACGGGCGAACGAAUUGCUUUACCGAUGCCCGAUCAACUAGAAUGGCAAGCACAAGAGUUAGGUGUUUUGAUUCAUUUUAAUUUGGCAACUUAUAUCGAGAAUCAUGAUGCAUGUCCACAAGGUUUAGUUCCACCUACUUCUCAAUUUAAUCCGUAUCUGUUGUCUACAGACAACUGGGUUCAAACGAUGAUGGAUUUUGGCGCCAAAUACGCAGUGCUUGUUGCUAAGCAUAAUUGUGGAUUUCUUCUAUCUCCAACAAACGUCACAUUUCCAUUAAAUCCAUCGAGUAAAAUCGUACCAUAUAAUUAUACAGUUGAUUAUUCACCUGUGAAAGGUGUAAAUAUUCUUGAUGAGUUUAUUAAGAGUUGUAAUAAGCAGAAAAUACGAACUGGCUUUUACUAUUCAACAGUGACAAACAAUUAUCUCAAUGUUCGACAAGGCUAUGUUCAAAAUGAUACGUUGAAGGAAGGUCAACUAAAUAUCACCCAGCAAACUUAUAGUAAUAUUGUGUUGUCUCACUUGAGAGAAUUAUGGACGAAUUAUGGAAAUCUCGAAGAGAUUUGUUUAGCACCGGGAAUGCAAGAUGCGAUCGCAAAAAUGCUUGUCGAGCUUCAACCACAUGCAAAUGUUUUUGGUGGAAUUGGCAUAACGACAAAUUCUAUUCGAUGGAUUGGUAAUGAACACGGUCAUGCACCUGAUCCAACUUGGUCAACUGGAACCAGCGCUGAUGGAGGUGAUCCUGAUAGUCCAAUCUUUUGUCCAGCUGAAUGUGAUACAACUCUACAAAUGUUCGAUCGAUGGUUUUGGGGUCGUCACGUUUUACUUCGUUCUCUUCAAGAUUUGAUCGAUGUUUAUCACCGAACCGUGGGUCGAAAUUGUUUACUGAUGCUUGAUUUAACACCUGAUCGAUCAGGUAUUAUUCCACCUGUAUAUGCUAAUCGUUACAAAGAAUUUGACGAUUUUAUUCGUUCCUGUUAUGAUACUUCUGUUAGGCCAAGUUUUCAAAACUCUUCUGCUGAUUUUUUGACGUACACGCUGGUGUUCAAUGCACCUGCAAGUGUUGAUCGUUCGGUUAUUCAAGAAGAUCAAACUCGUGGACAAGUAAUUCGUGCCUAUACUGUCACUGCACUAUUAGCCAUCUCAAAAGAUCAGAAUGAAUGGAUUGCAGUAGCUACGGGUACCAGUAUUGGAAAUAAGAAAAUUGAUCUAUGGGCAAAAGGAACACUGUUAGUACUGGCAGUCAAAUUAAAUAUUACUAAAACUAUUGACGUACCUGUAUUGAAAUCAUUCACCGUUCAUUUAUGUGCUUGA